UCCGAAUCCCUAAACCCGCCAAUUCCCAAGCUUGCAAGACACGAAAAAACACAGAGACAAACACCAGCGACUUUCACCACCGCCAUGACCACCUCUGCCACUGCAAUUGACCAACUACCACUGUCGCCGUCACCGUCACUGCAACCUUUGGCCGAUGCUGAGAUUAUCCGCUUGGCCCAAGAAACCCACCCACACCUUCCUCCUUCCUUUCUCUCCCCAUCCUCUCAUCCUACAAUCCUCUCAUACCUCCACUCUCGCGCCGCCUCUCCCUCCCCUUCCGACGCCGUUUCCGAGUACGUUCUAUCUAUCCUCUCCCUUAUCUCUCUAUCUCCUCACACUCCUUCCGUUGCUACCCUACUCUCCUCCCUCCUCUCGUCCUACAUUUCGCUCCAAAUCCCUCGCGAUGCCAAUUCCCUCAAAGCAGUCCACCUCUUCUCCUCCCUCCUCCACUACGUCCCCGUUCGCGAUAUCCAAAGUACGGCUCAUCAGAUCAUCGAGAGAAUAUCAACUUUUGUGACGUUAGACGAUUGCCAGAUCCUCGACCUGCUCCCUCGCGCUUUCGAUUUGGUUUUGAAAUCGGAGGAGAUUGAGGACGUUAGGGAUUUUGUGAAUUUCUCGGUGGAUGAGAUUCUUGAGCGGGAGUGGUCCAAGGGGGUUUUGGUCAAAAUGGUUUCGCUUGUGAGGGAAUUCGGGGUUGCUAUUGAUAAGGUGAGAGGGAGAGCUCUCUUGGAGAAGGUUUUCAAGGGAAUCAGGAGUGUUGACUUGCAGGACUUGCCUUCGCUUGUGUAUCAGCUUCUUGUUUUGGCUUCAAAAGGGUUUAACAAGAGGGAGGUAAUUGAAGGGAUUGUAAUGUUGUUUGGGUCAGAAUUGGAGUCAAAGAAGGUGGGAUCCAUGAUGAGGCAAGUUGAAGGGACAGUGUUGCUUCAUGUUAAUUUCGCAGUGAAGCAGGACCCCUCUCUGGGGAAGGAGGUAAUGGGACUUGUGAAGGCGGAUCUUAGGGCCUUCAAUCAUUUUACUGUUGCCGUUUUGCUAUCAAUUGCUAGGGUGAGGAGGUUCAGUGAGAAUUCCAUGGGGGUUUUAAGGACAACGCUUCUAAUGGCUUAUCGUGAUUACAGUUUUGCUAAAGAGUGUAAGUGGCUAACAGAUGAGUUGAAGGAAGAGCAUCUCCAGAAUGUCAAAAUAGUGGAAAAGGCUGUUUUAAGAGCUGUAAAUGAGAGCAACUAUGGUAGGGAGCAUAUUGUACCUAGCAUUGUGCAGUUUGGCUUUAUAUUACUGGAGUCGGUGGAAGAAGGAAACUGUGGAGAGACAUUACAUUCUAAUGGUUUGCUGGGCAUUGAGGAGAUCGGUAUUCAAAUUGUAAAGAAUUUAUUUGAGGUUCAUGACAUGGUGAGAAAUGAGAUUAUUGAACAAUGCAAGUUUCGCAUACUCUCUUUGAAGCCAGAGCAGAGCAAGCCAGUCAUAAGACUACUUGGUCACCUGGUUCAGAGUUAUCCCUACAUACUGUUAGAAUAUGUUUCGCGUAUAAAGGAACUUCUGGAUUAUUAUACUUUCAUGCCGGGCAAGGUUGCUGCUUAUCUUGUUACUGUUCUAUUGCCUCUCAUCAAAUUUAGCCACGAUCUUCAGGAUUACAUUAUUCUGGUUGUGCGUAAAGCCAUGUUCAGACGUGAAGACACAGUUCGUCUUGCAGCAACAAAUACUAUUAUUAAUCUUUUACUGACAGAAUUCCAAUCUAAGAGAGACGUCUCUUUGUCUUUUCAAGACUCAUCAAGCCAAGCCAGCUCCAGCCAGCAGACUGAGAUUCCUUGCAGAAUAGGUAAGGGGCUCUUCCAGGAGCUUAGUGGUUUGCUCCAACGAUGUCUUUAUCAGCAGGCAAAAGUCAAGGAGGCCAUGUAUUAUGGGCUUGUCAAGAUUGUCUUGGCUGACCCCUCUAGUUGCAGAGCUGUCUUUGAUUUUCUUUUGCCUCAUUUUCUUCGCUUUUUCCAGGAGGAUAUGGAUCAACUUAACAUUAGAAGCUGUGUUAAAACAGAGUGUAGAAAGGUGGUUCUCGAAGAGCCUCUGGAUUGUCUUCUAUCUUGUAUUUCUUGGAUUUUGCUCCUUCAGCCACAGGGUAAAACUGAUCGGUCCUCUGAUUCCUCAUGGACAUGUUUUGGUUUCUCCCUCUCGCAGGACAAUGAGGCAGGAAGAACUGCAUCUGGUGAGUUCUUAUCCCAUGCGUUAUUGAAGAUCAGGAAGUUUCUAAGAAAUGGAAACGUGGAAGAGAUUCUUGGUCAGGCUCCGGAUGCAUGCUCUGCAUCUUUUGAAGAAGAGAGAAGAAAAUGCUGUGCUUCAGUUUCAUCCGGAAUUGUUGAAGUGGUAUUGAAUAUUUUGGCUGCUGAGACGGCGAAAGCAACAGUUCUUAAGAAAGUAGAACUUGAAAAGGAACUGCUUGAGUUUGUUAUUCUUCAUGACUCACUGGAUAAGGAAACCCGUAAAUUAAGACAAAAUACUGGUGUCAAAAGGCUGCAUCAGCAAACUGUCACUCAUGGAACAAUGGAUGACAUUGAUACAGAAUACAGACAAUUGAUGCAAGGGCGGUUUCCUUUCUUGUCAACUUCAAGUAUACAUCAGUUAUUGCAAACAGCCUUGAGGCUAUGCAAUCCUGAAAGCAGCCAUAAUGAUUCAACCUCCCAGAACCGUAGCCAGUCAUCCUCUUGCAGGACAUCAAAAUGUUCCAAGAUAAUUUCUUUUGCCUUGAAUGCUGCCGUCCAUCUUAUAAAAUCUUUCCCCAGUGUGGGCAGGGAAGAUCCAUUGAAGACUCUGAUCUAUGGGGAAAUUGAAAUGCUGGGCCCGCCAUUGCUUAAACUAAUAUUUUUACUUAAAUCAGGGCUUAAAACGUCAACAGAUCAAAAGAAAAGGGAGGGAAGGAAAGAAGCAGAAGACAUGAAGGAUUAUCUCCAUCUUGGCUUGUUGUGCUUGAAGGAAUUGGUUACAAUCAGUUUGUUGAGACCACAAUCAAUCGGCUUGAUUGACAAUCUUUUGUGUGUCUCACUUGAGUAUGUUGGCAUGGAUGGUGAACGUGAAGCAGUCUCGGGGAUUGAUGAUCAACAUACUAGACGCAAAGAAUUGCUCAUCAAUGUGAUUUUGAAGCCACUUGUCACUGAGCUUCUUGCAGUCUCAUUUUUUCGUGAAGCUGAGGUUAUAUGUGACAUGUUGUUGCUUAUUAAAAAGACAUUGCCUGACAAAUGUGGGCCCUCCCAUGGUGAUUGGGCUAUUGGCAUCUGCAAAAACAAUGACAUAAAGAAUUCCAAGGUUGCGAGAAGUGUUGUUUCACUUGCUAUAAUUUUAAGCUCACCGCCUGAUGACUUCAUUGUUGCAAAAGACAUGGCCAAGGAACUGCUAAAAAUUACUGGACCAGAGAGAAGCAGCCAGCAAGAGGCUUCUGUUGCAUACCCUCUCAUAAACCAGUCAACAAGUACUGCUACAAGUUCUUGCAUUUUACAAUUGGUUGAAGCUGUUCUUGGAGAUAUGGAAUGGGUGAUCAAAAAGCUGAAGAUGUUUUCCUUGGUUGCUCAAAAAAGUAUUAAUUUUAAUCAGAAUGGAGAACAUGCUUCCAGAUUGGCACUUGAGGAAAAUCUCUACUCCAGGGCUGAGGCAUUGGUCGAAGUACUAUCAUCUUUUGUUUUGAUGAGUCUCAAGGACAAUCAAGCCGAGCAUUUGCUCAGAUUGGCUGCAAGGUUCUACAAGCUUUUAGCUCAGAUGUCAAGGCUUAGGAUUGCUCCUAAAGGUUUUAAGCAGCAUAUACCUAGCCUUACAUUCCAGAAACUCGUAGAAUUAACUUGCAAGAAGCUCACAGUUCCUCUGUAUAAUUUCGUUGCAGAGAUGCAAAAGGUUCGACAAGAAAAUGCUUCCAAGAAAGGUAUCAUCAACAAGAUUAAGAGGGAAAAUAAAUGUAUCCCAGACCUGAUAUUCCAGAUUGAAGACUACGAAAAAUAUCUUAUCCGGCUUAGCAAGUUGACCAAACUCAAUUUCCUGAGACAUGCCAAGCGUAGCACUUCUCGGGAUUUCAGAAUUAUAGAUCCAAAGAAGAAUGCAAUUUCGGAAGGAGAUGCUUCAAACCAUGAACCUAGCAGUAAUAAUGAUUCUGCUGGAGCUGCUGUAGAUGAAUCAUGUGAAGAUUCUGAGAAGGAUGAAGAAGAUGGAUUAGAGAAUGUACAUUCAUCUCAUUCUCAAGGUCCUGAAGUAUCCGAAUCUGAUACUGAAAAUGGUGGUGCUGUUCCAAAUGCCAAGAGACUGAAAAGGAGUAGAGUUGUGCAGGAUUCUGAUGAUGAAGCAUAGAAUAGGUGUUAACUGGUGCAGGCGCUUUACUUGUAAUAUAGUCAUAGAUUAACAUGGUUGUACUUUAUGGUUGGCAAAUGAGAAGAUAGUGUUUCAAUACUAUAGUGGAGUUAGGUUGGCAAAAUUAUGUCUGGUUCGGAUGAUCAAAUUUGUCCGAUCAAGAUUAAACCAAGUUUGGACAUAAGUUAUAUGUUCAAAAUUCAGGUUAAAAUAUAAAAAUCUUGUCUA